UCAGACAACUUUUUGUUAUGCAUGCUUUUUCAAGUUUUUUAGCACCUACGUCCAAUAGAACUGUGGAUUUGAGGAUUGUAAAAUGUUUGGUUGAUGUUAAUCAAAUAAGAACUUAUGAUUGGUCAAAAUAUGUCUUAGAUAGACUUUGUGAAGCUGUGAAGAGCUACAAAGAAGGAAAUAUAUAAUGGUUUUGUGGUUGUGUUUUGAUGUUAGAGAUUAUCUAUUUUCAUCGGUUGAGGUUUAGGAAUGUUGUGUUAAAUUCUACAAUACCUUUAAUUCAACAUUGGACCGAUGUGGAUAUAAGAGAUAGAAUUACAAAAGAAAAGUUGUCCAAGGGUUUUGGGUGUGGCAUUCUUGAGUUUGAUACAUAUCCAGUAAGUGAGAAGUUGCAAUUUGAGGAUGGACAAGUUGUUAAUAAUCAAUUCAAGGAAGCUCCUAUGAAUCAAACUUCUGGAAAAUAAUUUGUUGUUAAUGAAGGUGUUCGUAGCAAGGGUGUUAUUCAGUUUGAGCUACCUGCUAGUUCAAUGUCUAAUGAGGAAAUCCAUUCAAUCGCAAUUGAUGUAAGUAUUUUGCCCUUUAAUUCUUUCUAUUUUUUUUUUUUGCAAAUAACUUUACUAAAUCUAAGUGCUACUUUUUUUUUUAAUGGGAAGUUUAUGAAAAGUUUUUGCUCAUGAAAAGAGAUUUAGAAGCGGUGUCCAACUUUUACAUGGAACAAUUGAAAGUCUUAUUUCAGAAAUGUAAACCUCAUGAUUCUCCCACUUCGAUACUUCUAAUGUCCCAAAGCGAUUUAUUCUUUAUGUAUCCUCGUGUUCAUGAGAUUGUUGAUGAGAUUGUAUCUCUUGUAACUUAGGUAAGGAAAGUGCCUAAUGGUUGGGAUGAUGUUGGUAUUGAUAUUGAUGAUAAUGGUGCACCUGCAAAAGAGAUUAAUGUUGUAGUUGGUGAAGUUCCAAGGAUAGGUUUUGAGCAUGUUUUGAGUAAUGGAAAAUCUAAAUGUUUCAUUGCUAUGGAUGUUAGUCUCAUUGGUAAUAAAGUUGCAUAUGUAUCUCAAUACAUGAAGUCUAGUAACAAGGAUAUGAAGAUUUUGGAUGCAAUCGUCCAGAAACUUGUUGACUACUGCAUUAGUGAUUACCAUGUUUUUGAUCUCAAUGAGGUGUUGGUAUCUUUUGGAAAACCAUUUGAGAUUACAAGGAAUGAAUUCCUUUCAUUAGGUGAACCGACUAUUGCUAUAUCUUGUGGGAUUAUUGAUUGUUGGGCUUUGUUGCUUAAUGAAAACCAGAAGAGUAGUGCACAUGGACCUCAAAAACUAUAUUUUGGUGCUUCUCAAAGUGCUUUUUUAUUGGAAGUUGCGAACAAAGAUAAUAACACACAAGACAUUGACAAGCUAUUUGACAUUUGGUCAAGAUGGAUGUUCAUUCCUUGCAAUGAUUUUGAUCUUGCAAAUGUCGAGUUGAUUUUUGUUCCUAUACUCUUGAGUGAGCACUUCUUCCUAAUUGUUGUGAAUUUGAAGGAAGAAAAGCUUCAGUUCAUUGAUAAUAUGAGUUAUGAUACUAAGUACAUGAGCGAGGUUGAGAAGUUCUCUGAUGUUCUGAGUGAUAUGUUGAGUACUUUUCUUGAUCAACGCAUUCCUCAAAGUAAUGACUCGAUGAAGAACAUGGUUGAGUACACUUUGGAGUCACCUUCUCUAAAUUGGAAGUCCGGAAAACAGACUAAUGAUUGCGGCAUUUAUACUAUGGUCAGCAUGCUUCACUUUGAUGGAGCUGAUGUGUUCAACUGCGAUGUUUUGAGAACGGUUAUUAUUCUCUCUUUUUUUUUGGCUUUCAAUUUUUAUUAUAUUAACUAUUUCCUCCAUGAAAUUUAACUAGUUUUUUAUUCUAAUUUUAGGUUGCAAUU